UAAAUAAGUCGUUACGAGAGAGGUGCAUUGUGGGAAAGCAGCUUCUCAGUUAAAUACAUCUACCUGACAGCGGAGCUUAGAGUUCUUCUCUGUUUGGAAAACGUGCAUUUCUACUAUUUUUUCAGACAACUGCAAACGAUAGUCUUGACGAGAUUGUGGAGCAGAAUCCCGCUGAUUUUCAACAGUGAAAUUCGUUUGAUUUAUAAUUGUUAAAAAAGCGUCGAAUAGUAUAAUGAGUCUAGAAAUUUAUCAGAAAUCGCACUUAAUUUUAAAAAUACAUAUUCAAUUCAAAAUUUCAGUUUUUAAAUUUUUAAUGUUCCAAAGUUACUAAAAGCAAUGGCACAGUUUAAAUAUGCUAUAAAAUGUUUUAAGGGAAAUUCAAAAUUUAAUAACAAUCUUUCAAUUUUUUUUUCAUUUAACUCUUAAGCUUUAUGUCGAAAUUCAAUAAAUCUCUUCAUUAAACUCGCAUUUUUCGAACUAUUUACUUGUUAUAUUUUAUUAAUUUUAAAUUAAUAAAGAACUUUAUUAAUUUUAAAUGUUAUAAUGUAUAAAAUUCUUAGCACAUGACACCUAAAAUUCAUUUAACUUUAUUAAGCAUCUUCUAUUUUUAACUCAUAAUUAUAAAAUAAUUUAAAAUUUAAAGAAAUCAUUCGAACAUUUCAGCAAAUCGACCUGAAAAAUCUUACAAAAUUUGCAAGAAAACUGAAAUUUUUAGAACUCAUUAUUGUAAAUACAUUUUAAACAUAAAUAAAUUGUUCCAUCCUACUGACAAAUAAAACGCCAAAAUUCAAUCAGAAUUGCAACAACAAAAAAAUUAUAUAUUUUUAAUUUAAUAGCAUAAAUUAACAUAAAUAUGAACAAAUCUUUCCAAAUGGCACAAUGGUUAUUUUUACGUGUAUAUUUGUCUGCCUUACAGUCAUUUUGAGUGGUGUUUCGACGCUUUUUUUAACAUUUAGUUUAUUAUCGGACGAAUGGGAAUUCCUAACCUACGAGAAAGCAUCGAUUGAAGAAAUGGCUAAGCUCAAAAACCAUUCCUUACAAUGGCUAUCCGGUGAUGUGGGCAAAUUAUUCAUGCCCGAGUUAACAAUAACACAAAACAUAUCAGGUUCAGUGGCUUACCUAGUUCCAGCUCGUGGUGGUGUCAACAACUUAUGUCCUGAUUUACCAGAUUCUGUUAAAAGCACAAUGGAAGAAGACGGUUUUGUACUAAAAACUUGUAUUUCAUAUCUUUCCAAUGACGAUAUUACAUCCAGGGAUACAUGGUUGGAUCGUAUGCGUAAUUUAGCUAUGUCCUGUGCUAUGGUUUCUUUAAUAUUGCUUGCCUUUUCAACUCCUUUGGGGCUUUUAGGAUUGUAUAAAAAACAGAUAAGCACCAUCAUGGUCAAUGGAGUGAUGUAUAUUUUAGCAGGUGUAUUUGGAACUUUCAACUUGGCAUUCAUGCAUUUCAAAAGAGCAAAGCCAGCAGAUGGUUUCUACACAAGUACUAUCCUUGAUAAAAAUUUGCCAGAAGAUUAUAUGAAGGCAAGAAUUUUUACAGUAGGUUGGCCGCCUUCAGCUGAAUGGGCGGGACUCAUUGUAUGUAUGAUUGGUAGUCUUUUUUGGUUGCUGCUGGCAAAAAUCUAUAGACUUCAAAUAUUAAAUCCUACUUAGAAGUUUAUUAAUUUUGAUUGAACCACUUAACAGAUUCUAGAUGCUUCUCCUUGAAUCUGUCAUAUUGAUGUUUCAUCUCGUAAAUGAAAUCGUGUCAGAAAUUGGCAGUUUUUAAACGAUCAACAAAGCAGAUUCAAGAUUCUUCUACUUGAAUCUGUCAUAUUGAUGUUUCAUCUCGUAAAUGAAAUCGUGUCUGAAAUUGACAGUUUUUAAACGAUCAACAAACAUCGGAGAUUCAGGAUGCUUCUACUUGAAUCUUUCAUCUUGAUAUUUCAUCUCAUAAAUGAAAUCGUGUCAGAAAUUGACAGUUUUUAAGCGAUAAACAAAACAGAUUUUAGAUGUUUCCUCUUGAGUCUGUCAUCUUGAUGCUUGGACAUGGAAUUGAGUUAGAAAUUGACAGGCUUUGAAUGAACAUCAAAACAUAGUUACGAUGUUUCCUCUUGACUAUGUCAUCUUGAUGCUUCAUCUUAAAGAAAGCGAUUUAAUAAAAUUUGGCAAAUUUUGAAUAAACCAAAAAAAAAAAAAGUUUCAAGAUAUUUCUUGAAGUUGUCAUCUUGUAACUUCAUUUUGAAGAUGGAAUUGAAUUAGAAAUUGACAUAAUUUGAAUGAACAGUAAAAAUGGUCAGGAUUCUUCGUCUUGAAUCUGUUAUUUUGAUGAUUUGUCAUCUCGUAAUCUUGAAAGAGAAAUUGUGGUUGAAAAUUGCUAACUUUGAUUCAGAAACAAAGCAGUUCAAGAUGCUUCUUCUUGAAGUCGUCAUCAUGAUGCUGCAUCUUAAUGGAUUUGAGUUAGAAAUUAGCUUAUUUUGAAUGAAAGAACGUCGGCUUAGACGUGAUGAUUGAAGACAAGACUGAUUUCAAACGAUUAGCAAAACAGAUGCGAGAUGUUACUGCUUGAAUCUGACAUCUUGAUACUUCAUCUUGAAGUUAGAAAUUAGCAGAUUUUGAAUUAACAUCAAAACAGAUAUAAGAUUCAGAGAUACUUGAACUUAGAGAUGGAACUGAAUUUGAAUAAACUAGAAAUUAGCUGAUUUUCAAUGAAGGAGCUACGACGGGAUGUAAUGGUGGAAAACAAGAAAUUUUCAAGUAGCCUAAUCUUGAGGACUACAAUAAGUAAAAUUGUGUUAGAAAUGAAAUGAUUUUGAAUGAGGAACCAAAUAAAUGAAGGAUUUAAGAUGCUUCACCUUGAUGACUAGAAAAGAAAAUUUUGCACAAAGUAAAUGCUAGAUUAUUUGACUUUUUCGAAACAUUCGCAACUAAACUGCUUGCAUUGUCAAAAUACUAAUUUUUUUUUUGCUCCUUAAAGAACAAGUAGAUGAAUCAAUAACUUUUGACAUCACCUAAUUAAAUCUUUGUAAGAGUAAGUGCCAAAAAGCUCUAGUCUUAUAUUUGUAAAUCUGUUUUGCACUUUAUUUGUCUUCCACAAUUCUUUCAAUUGAUAAAUAAUACAUAGAAUUUUUUUUAAAAAAUGGAAUCUUGUAUAAACUAUUCUCCCAUUUGCAAAACAAGAGGUAAUACUACACGUAGUUUUAUCCGAUGUGUUCUGUUUCAUAAUUCGGAUUUAAGUACAUUAUUCUACUUUCAGUGAAUAGUUGAAAGAUCCUAGAAAUGUUUAAAGAGAAUUAUAUAAUAUUAUAAUACACACAAGAGAUAAUAAUAUACGCAAAUUUCUCCUUAUUAAUAAUAAUGUAGUGGUACAGUGCGUAAUCUUAUUAAUUAUUCAUACUCGAAUAGAAACUGAAUAGUUUGCAGUAGAAGUUGGAAAUUUCAUCAUCGUACUCUGUACUCUAAAGAGAAGUGGUUAAUAUUGAUGAUUAGAGCUAAGCAAAUACUAAGUCUUUCAAAACAGAUCAAAUAAUUAGCAAGUAACAAUCAUGUUUUCAUACUUAUCAAGGGACCAAUAUCAACAUCACUGCACAAGUAGAUAUUCAUUUAACCAAAAUCGGUAUGAACAACAACGUAUAUUACGCUAUUAUUAGUUAUACGAACAAAAGCUUGAUUUGUACAUUAAGACUUAUGUGCUUUUUUAACUGAAACAAUGGGUUCUAGUUUGAUAACAUGUAGUAGGAAUCCUACAUAGUCUCAACCGUCAGAGUAGUGUAAACAGAGAGGAAAAGUGUUAAAAACGAUUUUUAUUAUUAUGUUUAAUUUUCACUAAUAAACUGAUGGUGAAUAUUUGCACAUUUCUCAGUAAUAUAUUUCAUAAUAUCAUGUAUAAGAUCGUCCUCUAAUAAGAGAAGAGGUAAAAGCGGAUGCUAUUAUAGAAUUUCAACUUUAUUUCCUUGACAAAAUUAUGUUAAUACAAUCAUGCUAUUUACAUUUCAGAAAAGUUAUUUAGAAUUAGACAUUUUUAAAUAUUUGAAAUAAAUAUAUCUUUGUUUUGUUUAAUUACAUUGAAAGAAUUUUUGGGCAUCAACCAAAUCAGUUUUCUACAACUUAAGCAACACUAAAAGUUUUUUAUUUUUAAAAUCUAAAAACAAAUAAAAGCACUGUAAUUUUUUAAUUACCUAUCCCAAAUUACUAUCCUUAUAAAAUUAAAUGUUUAGAGCUUUUGAGAAAAAUCAGUAGAAGUUUUAACAGAUAUCAAGUGUUUGCCUUUAAAUUGAAAGUUUUUUUUAUUUUUAUUAAAGACAUUUUGCUGUCUAUAAGAGUAUCCUAAAAUGUCUUUUAGGAGCAGAAAAACACAGAGGAAAAGAAAAUUAAACAAUUAACCUAAAAUUCCAGCUGGUUAGGAAAGAGUGCUCUUAAUUUAUUAACAAGGCUAUUAAAAAAGAAUUUACAUUUAACUAUGAAGUCUAGUUAUUUCAGCCGUUUACUGCGACUCUCAAUUAGAAUCCGUUCUAACUCCACAGCAGUAAGUAACCAAAUCCUGCAAAUAGGUAUCAAAGCGAAUCAAUCAAUCGAUGAAAAGCAAAUCAAUGUAUCACCAAAUAAGUUGAGUGAGAAAAAUCAACGAUUUACUGAAUUAGAAAAUGAACGAAUCUAUGAAUUAGAGAAUCAGAGGAUGAGCAAACAAAUGAUAAGGUGGGUCAAUAAAUGAGUGACUCACUGAAACGGUAAAUCAAGGAAUCAGUGAUUCCUCAGUUUGAUGAUUCACUCAUUCAAUGAUUCAUUGACUUACAGAUUCGCUUUCUUAAUUUACUACUAGUUCGUUUUGUUCAUUUGCUUGUGAUUUGAUCAUUCACAAAUUCGUUGUUCCACAGAUUUGCUGAGUUGACUUACUCAUUAAGUGUUUUGCUGAUCUAUUUAUCGAUUUGCUAUUUCGUUUUAUUCUACGCGUAGAAAUCAAUUUUUAUUUCGGUUAUUUGCUGCCUACUGUUGUAUGUGUAAUAAGAACAGGCUCUAACUGGCAGUCGCAGUAAAGAGAUCAAAUAAAUUUUAUUUUAGGUCUUUCCUGACCAAAGAGAUCAAAUAAAUUUUAUUUUAGGUCUUUCCUGACCUUUGUAUUAAGAAUAAUAAAGUUCGAGUUCUCCCAGAAAUUUCACAUUUUUUUAAAUAAUUUAGCGGGAAAACGAAAUUUUGUUGUAUAUAACAAGUGAGUACAGGGUAGCUCUGUGACUUAUAACUAAGGUGUUCAGAUUUAUAAACCAUGAUUUAAGGACAAACCAACGGAGCGUUCUCGAAAAGUUUUAUGAUAUGAGGACACCCACAUAAUUACGGAAAAUAUCAAUUGAUAUGUGCAUCAAAUACUUUUUUUUAUUGAUAACUAAUAUUAGGUGCAGAACCAUCUUCGUCGCAUCUGAUUUCAUUACCAAGUAGUUUUGAAAUAUCAUAUAAUAUUUUGCACUUGAAAUUCAAGUAAAACGAAGGGUUGCAUCAUGGUUAUGAAAAUUUGUUUAUUUUUGCUGAAUUUAUUUCCAAACAAGCAAGGCGUUUUCAUCUGUUAGUUUCAGCAUGGUGUGUUUUCGCUUUUCGUGUGUAUUUUCUGCAAGACAAAACUAUCUUGUUCGAAAAAACAAAACAAAAACUAUUCGCUCUGUUUUUUGAUAUUUUACUGCAAAUUAAAAAAAGAUUGUAUGUUUUCGGAGAAAUUUGAGUUCGCAUUUUAAAAUUUGGGGACAUUUUCAGUCCUCAAUGAGUUUGAAAGUCAUUCAGGACAAUUAAUGAAAUUUGAGGACUGUGCUCAAGAUUUACGUCGCCAUGUCACCUUUGUUAUAACUUUUUAAUCGAGGCGACCCAGGUUUAAACCUUGUUUAAAGUUGCUGAGCAUUGCCAACCGGCUCAGAGCAAGCAUGGAAUACAUAUGGCAGAAGCAUCAUAGUAGUCGUGGUGGCUCAGGGGAUAGAGCGUUCGCCUUUCAAUGAUGUGAGCUGGUUUCGAAUCUCAGCAAUGGCUGUCCGAUACAAAUUCAACACCCGGCUCGCACUGACCACAGUGCUGACGUAAAAUAUCCUCAGCGGUAGACGGAUCACGGGUUAGAGUCUAACCGUGGAAGGUUUUCCUUUCCAUGUAACGCAAAUUCAGGUUGGUUUCACCCAAAAGUCCUCCAGAAAGGCAAAAUUUCUCCCAUUACUUGAUCCUGGAGUUCCCUUGUCUUCUGGAUUGAGUUUAAAAUUACAAGGGUAGCCGUAAACUCAAAAUUGGGUCGGCUUCUUAAAGUGCUUAAUUUUCCCCUUUUCGAAAAUGAGAUUUUUUUUUUUUUUACCAUGUCGAUUUUCACCACGUAUAAUGCAAAAGCGUGUUUUCAACCACAAUCCAUUUCGGCGUACCGUCUGUCCAUAGCGUAUGAAAGAGCCAAUCAUUUUACAUAUUUGAUGAAAUACAUGCGAGUGCGCAUGUGCGUCCAAUGAGCUGUUUGAUGAAAUACGUCAACUCUGAGCUGGAUUCGAUGAGAUUCUUGCACUCUUAUGAGCAACUCUGCUGCAUUCUGCAAGAUAUUCUCGAUUUCAGGCUUCAUUUUAACCCUCCGCAAUCAAACUGAAAAAUUUCUCUAUCUUUUUAUGGU